AUGUCUUCUCCUACCUUCAUCCAGGACCAAAAUCCUGCCAAUCUUGCUGAUCUAACUAAAACUUCUGUUCCUGAUACUCCCGGCCUUGUCAGUGCCUUCACUCCUCGUGGCUCUGUUGAUUUUGGUCCAAUUGGCGGCGCCAGAGUCUCUCCUCCUUCUUCGGCCAGCUCCAAAUACAUUCCCGGUCCCUAUGUCAUGUACUACCAGCAAGGCCAUUUUGAUGCUGAGAACAGAAAUCGUGCAUUUGUCAUCGAGGGUGUCCCAGUGGACAUGCCUUACCAUGAUAUUGCUGCAAUCUUCAAUCAUCGUGAAUUCAAUACAGUCAAGGGACCCGUCCUGUCUGAGCUUGCUUCUCAUGGCAGAAUCUACGUUGGUUUCACCGACAUCUACGAAGCAAAGAUGGCUGCCGUCAAAGCAAAGUCCUUCUUCCCCAAUUGGCGUUUCCAUGCCUUGACUGCAAAGGAGUUCACCCAAAAGUUUGAGCCUUCGCUUGCCCCAACCACCUCCGACUAUGAAGGUCAAAUAUUUGCUACUGUCUACUACAACAGUGGCCCUGAAGAGACAGAUGGCCGUAUCAUCUCUCACUCUUUCAAGACCUUGCUCUCCACCUACGGUGAAAUCAAAGCCUUCCACAGCAUCCCAACUGAUCACAACAACAUCGUCAACUUCCAUGUUGAAUUCAGCGAUACUCGUGCUGCUGACAACGUCGUUUCUGGCCUCAAUGGCUCUUCUCUUCCUGAGUGUGUCAUCGAUGUCAAGUACUUCAAACCUGAUGUCACUUAUCAUGCACAUGCCCAUCACCCAGUUGAGGAGCCUGCCCCUCGCACUUCUCCAAUCAUCAUGCACGAUCGCGCUAUUCCCAUGGCUCGUCGUCGAAGCUUUGCCUCCCCUAACCCUUACAUGGAGCUCAGCCCAACCGGCCGUUCUACCAUCCCCAUUGGUGAUCCUGCAGUUGCAACUUGGAACCGCAGAUCUGAUGAGUGCCACAACUUCCGUUCUCGUCAUGGCUCCGGACGUAACCGCAACAGUACUCAUAACAACAUGAACCAAAACCACGUUGACAUUGAACGCAUUCGUCUUGGUCUCGACGUCCGCACUACAAUCAUGCUCCGCAACAUCCCAAACAAAAUUGAUCAAGCUAUGCUUAAGGAUAUCGUGGAUGAGACUAGCCAUGGCAAAUACGACUUCAUGUAUCUUCGCAUCGGUAAGAAGCCUAUUUUCCUUUCGCCUUCAGUCUACAUCAGCUGA